ACCUCCACUACCACCACACUUCCUCCAUUCCUGACCACAUCCAUUCCCUUAUUCUGCCAUUUUUUGUUUGAUUAUUUCCCUUCUUUUCCCCCCCUUUCCUGUACCACGAGCCACGGCGUUGCUAGCCGAGUUCCUGGAAUACUCCAUUCGCCCGUAAUGGGCGAAGACACACCCUUCGGUUUGUUGGCAUCCAGCUUGCAGAAUGCUUCUGCCGCCGUCGUUCUCUGCGGAUUUCUGGGGUUCCUUGGGUUGGGGAUUUUAGCUUCUUAUAUUCUCACCCUACUUGUCGCGCAUACUCCCCGUCGCGAGACAUCCUCAGAAAGAACUUACCGGACCAUCACAAAGGACGGGAAAACCACAUCAGCACUUCCCUUACCAGAUACGUAUUCGAGUGGGAAAGCAGAGGUUGCCCUCUCAGUAGUGGUUCCCGCUUAUAAUGAAUCAGAACGAUUGCCAGAUAUGCUGGCUGAAGCCGUGACCUUCCUCCAUGACGAAUACGGCCUGAAUAAGGAGAAACCCAAUGGAAACGCAAAUAGUCGUGGUGCCACCACCGGUUGGGAAAUCCUCGUCGUAGACGAUGGCUCCACCGACUCCACUGCCGAUGUCGCCCUCAACUGGGCCCGCUCGCGAAUCCACCUUGGAGAGUUCACGGAAGGAGACAUCCGAGUAUGCGUGCUCGAGAAGAACCGUGGCAAAGGCGGCGCCGUAACCCAUGGAAUGCGACAUGUUCGUGGAGAAUAUGCUGUUUUUGCGGACGCUGAUGGGGCUAGUAAGUUCAGCGACGUAAUGUCCCUGCGGCAAGAACUACGCUGCAUAGAAGACGACGGUUUCGGCAUUGCGGUUGGCAGUAGAGCUCACAUGGUCACUACAGAUGCCGUUGUAAAGCGCUCAUUCAUCCGUAACUUUCUCAUGCACUCAUUCCAUACGCUCCUCAAGACCUUCGGCAUCAGACAUAUCCACGACACACAAUGCGGAUUCAAACUCUUCUCUAGAGCCGCGAUCAAGAACAUAUUCCCAUUCAUGCACACCGAAGGUUGGAUCUUCGAUAUCGAGAUCUUGCUGCUGGCGGACUACCUGAGUGUUCCUGUGGUGGAGGUUCCGAUCACGUGGCACGAAGUUACUGGGACAAAGAUGCGGUUGGUUCAGGACUCCAUCCGUAUGGCCUGGGAUUUGGGUGUUGUUAGGUUAGGGUAUAUUUGGGGGGUUUACAGAGUCGGUCCUGGGGGACCUUCAAAAAAGAGGCGUUAA